AAAUGACAUUUUCAUUCCACAUCUUAUCCUUUCGCCACAUCCAAUCAGAGUUGGUGUAGAAACACUCUGCUUCUUCAUACUCUCACCAGUCAGGCCACUCAAGAGUAUCCCCGUCCUUUUACAUCCUCAGGUAAGACACUCUCCUCAUCCUCAUCCUCAUUUUUGAAGCCUGACAGACUCUCAUAUUCUCAGGCUCAGUGAUACAGAUAUUUACAUCUCCAUCUCAUAUCACAACCCCUCUCCUUAUCAAUACGCAAUCAAUAAAUCAAUCAAAAACACAACAUGCCUCCCAAGCUUCAACUUGACGAGAAUCUUCUCUUCCUGUACACUUGUCUCCAGCACUCCGACUACAAAGCAAUCGACUUUUCCAGCGUCGGCGAAGCAAUCGGGCUGAAAGCACCCGCUGCUCGCAUGAGAUUUACGCGGCUCCGUAAAGCCAUUGAGAGCGGAAUCUCGACAAUCGGAACUGCUACCCCCGCUUCUCCAGGUUCUUCUUCUUCUUCUUUUUUCGUAAAUGAGGAUUUGAAAAAUUCCCAAAAUCCGCAAAACCCUCAAGAUUCCAAGAAUUUCAAAGAUUCCAAGGGCUUUACCACGGGGCAAUAUUUCCGAGUCGGCCACAACCACGACCCUGAAGGCGGAACAGAGAGCAGCAACAACAGGCCCAAACUUAAAAAGAGAAAGAAGCAGGAGCAGGAGCAGGAACAGGAAAGUAUUUCUGUAGCGGCUUUUGAAAUUAACAACAACAGCAUUGCGUCCCGCAUGGCCACGAAUACGCGUAGACAAAAGACACCCAAGGCCACGUCGAAGCGGUCGUCUGGGAGAAAAUUGGAGCCCACAGAGGAUCUAGAUCCCAUCCAGACUCGAAGCGGGAGCUCGAUUCAGCGGAUUCCACCCAGCGGAACGGCAGAAUAUAAAUACAAAGCGGAGGAUCGAUAUGCGAGUGAUGCCGAGUCGGAUACGGAAAUGGACGUGGAUGCGGAUCUCAUGCAGGAGCAGGACGUUGAUACGGAAGGGGAGGCGGAGAGAAAUGUUGGCUUUGGAGAUGAAGAAGGAGGAACCGCGGGGUGGAUUACAUACGAGGGGAAUGUGGGCAUGAGCUCAGUCGGUGAAGGAGUUUAGGUGAUAGGGAAGCAUCGAGGGAGUAGCAUGAAACAAUCAGGUGCACGCUCAUCAUCGUCGUUGCUCAUUCGCAGCUCAAAGCCAUUGAACAUUGCUUGAUCCAAACAAGAGGAUAUCAUAUUUAGAUAACGACGACGCUUAGGCGUACGCUAAGUUAAGUUAAAAGGGAGAUUGAAGAAAAUGAACGCUCAAAUAAGAUAACG